AUGGCGCGAAUGUAUAUUCGACUGAUCAAGAAGGUCAUGCUCAGGGGAAACAUUGUGCUUGGAGGUUGGUCCUUCGGCGGUAUUCUUGCUGUACAGAUUGCGCACAUAUUAGCCACGGAGAAUAAAGGGCUUCGCGUUUCCGGAGUCAUCUUGGUGGAUUCAAUCUAUUCUAGAACCCCAAAACGCGCACUCGAUAUGGAUACCCAAGGACCUGCAAUGGUCGGAAUUACCCAAGAAGUUAAGGAGAAGGUUCUCACGUCUUUGAUACGGGCUACUUGUUUGUGCGAUGAGUGGCAACCACCAGCCUGGAAAACGACCGAUGUCGGGGUUCACGGGAAGAAUGUUCCAACACCGCCACCGGUCGUGUUGAUCCGUGCUAAGUCUCUUGUUCCGAUGGUAGAUCCAAACGAAAUGUGCUUGCUAGACAAGACCCGAGACAUGCCCCACUUGGGCUGGGAAGAUGCUUACGAUGGCUUUGUCGUUAAGGUCUUGGAAACCUGCGGGGAUCAUUACAGUAUUUUUGACACACCUAACGUGCCAUCUAUCACUUCUUCUAUUCGCGACGCACUGGAAAUGUGCAAGGUGGGAUAA